GUUUGUUACAGUUGACUGUACAGAUACUUAACAACCAGGCGGUCACGAAACCCAUCAACUUUCCAUAGAUACAGACACCGCCAACGUCCAUCGCAAGGGCUGGAAAUAAUGACAGUAUGCUCCUUUUUGCUGACAGCGCUGCUGUUUAUCUGGGCGUUUCCGUAUUACGACGGACGCCGGGUGGUCUUCCUGUCGAUGCACGCGUGGACAUCGCUCCCCUACAGUAUCGACUACGUUGGCGCCCCCAUCGCCAUGGCCAUCGAGGAGGUCAACGCGCGGCCCAACCAGACGGACAGUUUCUCCGUGAUCGGCUGGAACAAGCCCGCGCUGCGCACUUGCGCCGAUGUGCAGGUGGAGGUGGUGCCGUACGCUACCGACGUGUAUCUGCGCGGCAGCUGGCGACGUUCCCCCGAUGACGUCUUCGUUAUCUUGUCGCCGUCGUGCAGUGAAGCGGUGGUUUACCUGGCAGAUCUCGCACGAGAGUGGAAUGUACCUGUGAUGACCUCUGGCGGCUCGGAUACCGUGCUGGACGACAAGCGGCGCUUCCCCAGUUUGUUGCGGCUGAGUCCAUAUUAUCAGCAGAUGCUGGCGGAGGUGAUCAUGGCGCUGCUGCGCUACUACGCCUGGACGAACACUGCCUUCUUCUGCGACGAGGGCGCGACGGAACUGAACGCUUUCGGCGUCAGCUGCAAGGUGCUGCCGGUCUACUUCAAGAAGACGCCCGGCAUCGCGCCUGUGUACCUCAAAUACAACUUUCGGAAUAACCCGGAUCACCGACGUUUCUUGACGGAAGCAGCGCGUUCGGCGCGCGUCUUCGUUAUCAGCACGCACGCCUCCCGCCUGCGCCAGCUUCUGCUCGUGGCCGACAAACUGGGCAUGCCUAAUGGGGAAUUCGCGUUCAUCGCGCUAGCUCCGUUUGUGUCGCCGUUCGUCGGGAAAACGUCGUGGAAGUACGGAAACGCCGAUGAUGCCGCAGCCCACCGCAUCUACCGCUACCUCCUGCUCAUCUCCUCCAUUCCCAACCGACAGACAGCCGCUCUCGCGCUGUACCAACGCAUCAAAGAGCGCAGUUGGACUGAUUACGGAUUGCGCUAUGAACCAGACGAAGAGGUGACGCUGUUUGCCAGCGGAUACUACCUGGCGGUGCAGGUCACAGCUCAGGUGCUGGCGACGCUCUACCCUGAUACAAGCCGUGAUGGAUCGCCCGCGCCGGUUAGCGGAAUCGAUAUGGCGUACUACACGUACAACCGCAGUUUCACCACGCAGAUGGGUGUCAUGCACGUGAACGGGAACGGAGAUUUGGAUACGGAUUACGGUGUGAAGGCGUUGCUGGAUGACAGCGAAGAUUUCCAAGUGGCAUUUCGCUGGAUUCCGGAGACCGGCGGCUUGAUUAGCGUCAACGGCACCGCUUGGCCGGUGAAUGCUACGGCGCCGGCGAAUCGGCCGCGGUGCGGAUUCAAGGGAGAAGAUCCGCGCUGUCGGAACGAGCCGAAUAUCUUGACAUUAGCGGGAAUAGGCGUCGCGGCCAGCAUCGGAUGCAUAUCCGCUAUUCUCAUGGCAGGAUGCGCUUGGAUUCGGUAUCAGCGGUCCAACAGCGUCGACUGGCGGGUGUCGCCCGCCGAAGUGCAGGUACUUUCGUCUCGAACGCCAAAGACACUCUCUGUGCUCACCAAAUCUCAUACGAUGAACCGUGCGUCGAUGCCGGUUGACCGGCCCAGUCAUCAUGGAUGCGUGGGAAUUUACCGCGGCCAUUUUGUAUGGUGCCGCGAGAUGGACACGCUGACCAAAGUCAGCGGCAAAUUACCACGGCACUUUGUCCGCGACACCAACAUGCGCCGGAGAGUGAAGCAUUCCAACCUGGCAGAGUUCCUCGGGACUGUAUUAGACGGCGACCGUUUGCUAUUGCUAACCGAGUACUUUACCAAAGGAUCUCUCUAUGACGUCGUUGAACUGAGGCCUGCAUGGUUGGACGGGCAGUUGAAGAAUAUCUUCCUUACCGACAUUGUCAACGGUCUUUCGGUGAUCCACGCUACAGCGGACUUAAGGGUCCACGGCGCGUUAAAAAGCCGAAAUUGUAUGGUAACCAAUCGGUUGUCCAUCAAGCUGACCGAUUUCGGCUUCCCCGCUGAACAGCUCUGCCGCAUCCGGGAGACGCUGGCAAUGGGAUACUGUCACGACUUGCUGUGGACGGCGCCGGAGGUCCUCCGUUCUCCGCGGAUAGCGACGGCUGAAGCGGACAUAUAUUCAAUAGGGAUUGUUUUUCACGAAGUUUUAUUCAUGACCCGGCCUUUCGCUUCCGACCUGUCGGACGCAGAAAUCAUCCUGUCCGUGAAGAAUCCCUCAGAGGUACCUUAUCGCCCCGCGGUAGAGACCUCCACGGUUUCCGCGGAAAUGGUACAGUUAAUGGAGAAGUGCUGGGCGGAGGACAGCCGCCAUCGGCCAAAAAUUGGGUCGAUCAAACAGUCCUUGGCUGCGAUUAGUGGGCUGAAAGUCGGAGAAAACUUCAUGGAACUGGUGGUGCGGAAACUACGGGACUACGCGGAGACGCUGGAAGAGCAGGUGGCGGAUCGGACGGAGGAACUGCUGGCUGAGAAGAAAAAGUCGGAGGAUCUCUUGCGUAACAUGCUGCCGGGAAGUAUCGUGGAAGCAUUGGUGCGAGGUAGGAGCGUGGAGGCGGAAGUAUUCUCCAACUGCUCGGUGGCUUUCAGCGGCGUCGUGGAUUUCGGCCAGUUGAUCGCUGGAAUGACGCCGUAUAAUUGCGUGGCACUGCUCAACGAGUUCUUCUCGGUCUUCGACCAACUGAUUGGCGCGUACGACGUGUACAAGGUGGAGACCACUGGAGACAGCUACAUGCUCGCCAGUGGCGUGCCGGAGCGAAAUGGCAACCAGCACGCAGAGCAGUUGGGUCUCCUGUGUUGCAGCGCCCUGAUGCUGACCGAGCAUCGACGUUUCGCCGGUCGUCAGCUGCAACUGCAGAUGGGACUGCAUUCUGGUGCCGUGGCUGCCGGACUGGUUGGGCUGCGCAUGAUGCGCUACUGCCUGUUCGGCGACACGGUUAACAUGGCAUCGCGGAUGGCCAGCACAUCUCUGCCUCAACGCUUGCAGACCAGCGGACCGUCCAAGGUCCUUCUGGACACAAGCAAAGCCCUGCAUUGCUCUCCACGCGGCCGGGUUGAAAUCAAGGGAAAAGGCCUGAUGGAUACCUUCUGGCUUCGUCGAAGUGAUGGCUCAUGAUAUCCUGUGCUUCCUGCGUUUGCUGCUCACCUCAAACACUACCGGCUUUGCCAGUGCCAAUCCGUCAAGCGCUCCCGGCAGUGGACAGGCCAGCGUCAUCAGAUUUCCAGCCCACGGCGCCAGCAUUCAGAUAAACAAGCGCGAAUUAAGGGCUUGUCGAGUCGCUGUCGGCUGAAAAGGCACGGACGUUGGCGCACAUGGACACCGACCGAACGGCGCACCUUCCCGCAACAUCGCGCUUGGACACUCCAACAGCUGGCGCCGAUUUAAAAACAGUCCACGGCCGAGGGAGAACCAAUGUCGCAGGAGCUGCGCACCGCAGUGAUUUUAUAUGGGAUCGAUCACCUUUUCUAUUGUGUCACUGACUACAAAAUGUUAUUUUGCCUGAGCGAAUACGGGUCUUUUCAGCUGGGUCGCAUAUUUCCAAGAAGUUUGCACUAGCAUUUUGCACUAGCAUUCCAAACUGGGUUGCCUUUGAAGUCGGAAAAAAAUUAGACUAAUUUCAUUUCGACAAAGUGUUGUGAAUUUGCCGUAGAAAUGGUAAAUAUAUGCGCGUGCUUUGUGAUAUUGCGAAACGCUGAAAU